UCUCCAAAUAGGGACACAGACUUUCAGGUUCCCAAACUUUGUUGGAAGGAGUGAAAAGAAGUCUAAGGCAGGCUGAUUAUGUGUGCUCCACUUCUCUGCCUCUGAAUGGCAAAGCAAAGAACAGCACUUUGAACAUUUUGACCAGACACAUGGCUUUACCUUGUGACAUGGCAGAAGAUUCUGAUGAGGUCAGAGCUUUGCAACAGUGGUGAUUGUGAGGAAAAGCUUUGAGGGGCUCAAGAGGGACCUCACAUCUGUCAUUGCUUGGCUUCUCAUCCAUCACUCCGUCGAGUCCCAGGUCAUAGAGUUCCUCUCUCUUCUGGGUCAUGAUGAGGCUUCACUCCGCUCUGGUCACUUGGCUCUUCACGCUUCUGGUGAUGCCAGUGUACUGCCAGAGCGGCGAUGAUGGAGAGUGGGGAUCAGGGGACGUCUCGGGGCCUGCGGUCACAGGAAACUCCUCCUCUUUGGUCUUCCAUUCAGUCGGGGAUGAGCCAGAGAGGACCGGGCCGGUUUUUCACAGCCUGCCGGAGACAGAAGGCGGCGACUGUUAUGUCAACUUUCACACCAGUCAAGUCACGUCAAGGCGGUUACGAGCUUUCAGAGAAGAAGUCACUUAUCUGAAAGCCCUUCAACAUGGCAACCAGGCAGUGAUGGAGAACCUGGUCCAGUUUGUAGGAGCAGAGAUGGGAGAUCAGCGCUACGAGGAGGUGAUCCAAGAGAACGUCGUUGGAAUCAGAGAGGAUCACGUGAGCUGUGAGAGCGUGGUGACAAAAGCGGCAGAAGAGUUGGAGAGUCAGCUGGAGGGAGAUGCUCAAGCCACUUUGGCUGGAAUUCAGAAAAUAAAAGAGGAGUCCCUUGCCUUUGAAGAAAUGCUGCGUACUGCGACAGACAUCGCCACUCGACUGGAGAGCUCCUCACGAACCCUGCAUGUGGAGAUGAUCGAACAGCUGAGGAAAAACACGAGACAGCCGCGCAAAGCUAAAUGACAGGAAAAACAGAUAAAAGUGUUAUAUGGCAUGUCACAUUAAUAUUUAUCCACAAACAGUAAAACAAUGUUGUCACCUUCAACAGUCCAUAUGUGGACCAAUUGACUGCAUUUUAUAUUUUAUGUUUUUAAAGGCACUUUUAUGCAGAGAAUAGACAGAAAUGCAAACUAUAUUUUUCUGUCUCGUUCGAUGUUCAUUUGCGAGCCAUAAUGAAGACAUAAUGGCAUUGUGUACAAGGAAAUUAAAAAAAAAAAAAUCUUGGCAGUGAGGUGACAUCUUAAAAGAAUAUUCUCUUUCCAAGCACAGACAACCCCGCAGCUAUGGUCUGGCUGUCUUGGCGCUAGGGAGCAGAUGGUGAAAAGACUGUGUGAGGGUCUGGAAAUCAGCAGCAUGAACUCUUAUGUGCUGGAGAGAGAGAGAGAGAGAGCAAGAUGGAAAAGAAAGAAAGGAAGUGAUGUCACUAAGAAAAAAAUUUAAACGUGACUAAAAGAGUCAGAAGAAAAAAGAAUCCAAUGUCUUUGGGACUAAAGAAUGUUAUUUUGAAAUAUGUUGUGAUUACUCGAGUCUAUGAUUAAAAUAUACUGUAAGUAUACUAUUAAAAUAUAAGUGUAUAACUCUG